AUGUCCAUCUACUUUCAUUGCACCAUCGCAGCGAGAGACUCCGGAGAUACUCCUGAAACAUACUUUGAACUGCACUCGCGUCACAUCCAGAAGCUGCGCGAGACCCAGUUGCCCAACCCGUACCCCCACAAGUAUGAGGUGUCACUAUCGAUGUUGCAUUACAUCGAGCGGUACGGUCUGGAGGGCAAGAUAAAGUCUGGUGAAAAGCUGGAAGACUUCACAGAGUGCCUCGCAGGCCGCAUACACAAUGUCCGUCUGUCCGGUCAGAACCUCAGGUUCUACGACCCGCAUGGCGAAGGCCAGAGUGCGCAGAUCAUGGCUACCAAGCAGGACGCGAAGGAUCCCGAGGCAUUCGCGUCGGUCCACGACAAUAUGGGCGAGCUCUCGAUCGCGCCAAAGGAGAUGAUGUUCCCCGCACCGAACCUGCACCAACUGCCGUCUGAGCACGUGCUGAAGGACCAGGAGACGCGAUAUCUCGGUCUCCUGUCCAAGCUCAUCAGCCACCCGUAUGUCACGCGCCACAACGACCUCCAUCUCCACCUCCGCGUCGCGCCCGAGCUCUACCUGAAGCAGCUUAUCGUGGGGAGGCUCGACCGCAUGUACGACAUCGGGCGCGUGUUUCGCAGCGAGGGCAUCGACUUGACGCACAACCCCGAGUUCACAAUUCUAUAUGGCAGCUUGAUCGAGAGCAUGGUCAAGUACAUCACUGGCGGUAAGACGACGCUGCUGUACCACCCGGAGGGCAAGGACGGCGACAAGGUGUACGAACUCGACGGUAUGAUAUUAUUAUUGGGGAAGAAGUUGGGCGUGAAGUUUCCGCCUGGCGAUAGGCUCCACAUUGAGGAGGCGAGCAGGUUUCUGCGUGACUUGUGUGCCGAGGGAUGUCGUCACAACGUCGACUGCAGCGAACCACGAACAAACCCACUUAUCACGGAACAGCUGGUCAGCGAAUACAUUGAGCCUCUCUACAUUUCCCCAGCCUUCGUUGUCGGUCACCCACAAGUGUUAUCACCACUGGCCAAGUGGCACCGUUCUCGGUGCGGUCUGUGUGAGUGUUUCGAGGGUUUCAUGCACGGAAAGGAGUUCUGCAACGCGUACACGGAGUUGAACGAUCUAUUUGGGCAACGCCUGCGCUUCGAGGAGCAGGUCAGACAAAAGGAACAGGGUGAUGACGAGGCUCAAGGCAUCGAUGAGACCUUCGUUGACGCGCUUGAUCGUGGCCUACCGCCCACUGGUGGAUGUCGGUAUUGA